AUGGGGAGGCGGCGGCGGCUGGCGGGCGCGGUGGCCGAGGCCGGGGCUGGGGCCCUGCCCAAGGUUAUCACCGCGCUGAGUCAGUCUCUGCCUGCCGGGCCGAGCCCCGAGAUCUUCCGCCGCGCCAAGUUCGACCGGCCAGAGGCGGCUCCUGCGCUCUGGCAGCUCCUUUUCCGCUUGCUGUCGCCGCAGUCCGCAGACGGAACUUCGGCCUCGCCCGCCCUGGAGGCCCAGGCCUGCUGGGUGAAGGCAGCGCUGCGCUCCCAGGGCUACCCGAGGCUGGUGCUGGCACAACUCCCCGAGGACGGCUCCCGGGGCAGCAGGGAGCUGCUGCUGGCCCUGUCCUGGCUCCUGGCCCGAGGACCCCUGCCCGAGCGGCUGCUGGCCCAGGCCCACGUGCAGCUGGGUGACGAGAUGCCUGUGUGCGAGUGUGAGGCCCUGGCCAGCCCUGGUCCCCGGGCACCCCACGUGGAAGCAGAGGGCCCUGUGGACAUCCGCUGUGUGCAGUGGCUGAUGGGAAGGCUGCGGUUCCGGUGGCGAUGCCUGAUCACCAGUCAGCAGGAGCAGUGCGCCCUCCUGAGCAAGAUCCACUUGUAUACCCGCGGCUGCCAUAGCGACCAGCGUCUGGGCCAUCUGUCUGUUGCUGAAACGGAGAUGCUCAGGGACCCAGAGGGCGGCCAGCAGCUGCUGCGGAGGCUGGAGCGCGAGAACGUGGGCCUGGAGGCCGCUCUGGAGUGGCGGCGGGGCGAGCUGGUCUUCUGGCGGUGGAUGGACACGGUCCUGGGAGCCUGCCCCCCAGAGGCCCCGGCUGCGGCCACACAGCCCACCGUCCUGCCCAGGAUCGCAGGGCGUGGGCUUGGCCAGCUGGAGCUGGCGGCGCGGGAGCUGCGGGCGCUGCAGGAGGAGCUGUGCGAGGCCUCGGAGCGCAGGCGGGCGGCCUGGGCGGCCAGGGUGGGAGGCCAGGGCCGGGGGCCGCAGUGGCGCUCCGCGCGGCAGGCUUUGCAGAAGGCUGUGGAGCAGGAGCUGGCGGCCCUGCGGCGGGCCUGGGAGCAAGACAGGGGCCCAGCCCGGCCCCAUGGGCCCCACCGGCUGGUGAGGCGCGAGGAUGAGGCACCUGGAGGACAGUACUUGCGGGCGGCCGAGGUGAUCCAGGCACUGAGGAAUCAGGAGGCCUGCCUGGAGGCGGCGCUGCAUCGGCUGCAGGGACAAUGUCGGCAGGAGCUGGCCAGGCUGGCGGGAGCGCUGCCUGGCCUCAUCUGGAUUCUGCCGCCCGGACGCUGAGGACCGGCAGGCACAGCCUCCCUGUGGGGACCUCCCCUGGCCUGGCCGGUCCUGGAGGAACAGGUUCUAGGGCCCAGUGGCCUCAGGGACAGGGCAGACUCGAAGCCCCAGGCCACGUGCUGGCCCCAGGGCUGGGGCUGUUCCGACCUUGGCCAGAGCCCAGGCCCUGGGGCAGCAGUAUGGGGGUGGGCUGGGCUGGUCCCCCGAGGAGGUCAUUAUGGGUCUGGUGGCCGUGCGCAGUCUGGGGGACUCAGAAGUGAAUUGCAGAGGCCCCUCAGGGGGGCAGAUGUGCCUCCCUGUGCCUCCCUGUCGGGUUGUGCUGGGAGGAGACGCCGGGGCGGGUGGUGGGGCCAGGCAAGGUGAGUGUCAGAGGGCCCUGGACGGCCCCCUGUGCCUCUCCAUCCCGGACUCCGCUUGCGCCCUGGCCCCAGGCUGCGAGCACGGCCUCCCCCUGCCCGGGGCCGUGGACGUGCCCGGUGUGUGCGGAAGGCCGCCCGUGGGAGCCCGGCGGCUGGCUCUCUCCUGGCGCCCCGCGUGUGAGCGGAGGCCACAGCCUGGACACAGGGCCUUUGUUCCAGCGGCUGCUCCGCGGGCCCAGCUCGGCCCUGACAAAGAGGCAUCUGUGUCCCUGGGAUGCGCCCCCCACCUGGCGGGCGGAAGGAGGCUUGGCCUCUGCGCGCCACCCGCCCCCACCGGGGGGCACAGG